CUUCUGCCUCGUCGCGCCCUCUCCACUCUGCUUGACUGCUCUUCUCCCCUCGCGCAGUGUCUCUAUCCCUCCCUGUUCUCCCUGCUCGUCUUCUUUUCGGUCUGCUCCGAUCACUCCACGCCAUGUCGUUCUGGAAGGAAGCCUGUCUGAACCUGCGUCAUGCCCUCCCCAAGACCGGGGAAAGCAUCGGUCGCUCCCAGUCCAAGCGAUUCCUCACUUCUUCUUCUUCUUCGGCCCAGUCGUCCCGCUUUCUCGGCUCCAGCAGACUUCCGAUCAAUGCGCGGAGAACCCUUCUGAGCCAAUGGUCCGGGGCCGCUGCCUCGGGUCGCCGCAGCUUCUCCGUUACGGCCGGUGCUCAGCACGGCCAUAUCACGCCGCCAAAGCCGGGAGAGGAGAUCAAUGUGACCUUCAUCGAUAAGGACGGCGUGAAGAUUGAUCUCCAAGUCUCCGAGGGCGACAAUUUGCUAGACAUCGCACAGGCCAACGACAUCGAAAUGGAGGGUGCCUGUGGCGGUUCAUGCGCCUGCUCGACGUGCCACGUGAUUGUCGAUGAGCCGGACAUGUUCGACAAGAUGGAAGAGCCGUCGGACGAUGAGAACGACAUGCUGGACCUUGCAUUCGGUUUGACGGAGACCUCCCGCCUGGGAUGCCAAGUCGUGAUGAGCAAGGACCUCGAUGGUCUCGUGGUCCGGCUGCCGUCCAUGACUCGGAACCUGCAGGCAAGCGAUUUCGAGCCGAAGAAAUAAGAUUAUUGUACUAUAUACGAGGGGCUUCUGUGAUGGACUGUAUGAUUAUCAAGCGUAUACACUGGGGAGGGUUCCAUGACUAUGAUUAUGCGGGCUCAACGGUUGCAAACGAACGUGUCUCUAUUGGGUAUUCCGAUCUCCAUUCACAUUUGGCAUGGUACCUGUAAAUAGCAUAUCACUUUUAAUCCAAACUCUUGAGAAAAAGA